CAAUAUUAUACUCCCAAUCGGAAAAGAUUCACAAGGUACUAUGGUUUUGUGGGUGAAGCCUCAUCUGAAAAUGAUCAAUUUGAAAUGGUAAAAGCUGUCCGUCAGAUUCGUUUGCCCUCAGAACUUGGACCCCUUUACUCUCUCUCUCUCCUUAAAAAACUCAGCCCACCCGCUAACACCCUCUCUCUCUCUCUCUCUCUCUCUCUCUCUCUCUCUCUCUCUCUCUCUCUCUCAAUUUUCUUCAUAUUUUGUAUUGCAUAUUUCUGGGUCAGCUAAGCAGCAAUGGCAGCUCCAAACAUGGCGGCCAUCACUGCUUCUCUGGAGCGAUCUCUUCAAAACUGCUCCCUAAAUCAAAGCAGCAGCAGCAGCAACAUGUCUGGCGGAGAAGGCGCCGGCGCUAUUGGAUUGGGCAGGUCUUCUUCCUCAGACGCCCCUCCCCACUCCCACACCAACCACCUCUCCUUCUCCCCUGACACCGCCUUAGAACUCAGCUCCCAACUCUCUCUCCCUCACCAUUGGGAACAAUGCUUGGAUUUAAAGACUGGGGAGAUUUAUUACAUUGACUGGAGGAACGGAGUGAAAGCAACGGAAGAUCCACGAACUGCGACGGCGGAUUACAGCGGCGGCGGCGACGGCAGUGGAGAGUACUACCCGGAAGAUGACAAUAGCUCGUAUGAAAGCGAAGAGUCUUCGUCGGAAUCGUCUCCGGCGUCGUCGUCAAGAGAACGUUUUCAGAACGACAGUGUUUUGGUGGUGGCCGGCUGCAAGAGCUGUCUCAUGUAUUUCAUGGUGCCCAAACAAGUCCAGGACUGCCCCAAAUGCGCCGGUCAACUUCUCCACUUCGAUCGAUCCGAGAAUGGCUCUCCAUAAAGUCAGAAGAAAGAUUAAUUUCUCAUUUUAUAGUUCAAUCUUUUUUAUUUUCUCUAAAUUGUUGCGUAAUUUUGCUCUCCAGAGAUUGUCAUUUGUGGGUUGAUGAAAUCAAAAUGAGACAAAUGGGUUCUGAUUAAGUUUACUGCUAUAUUUCCUUUUCUCAGUUCUCAACUUCUCAUCUCAGUUUGUAGAUUUUUCUUUUCUUUGGGUUUGAGUCUGUUUUGGGCACCAUGGAAUUUGCAGGAUGAGUCGCGAAGCACAAUGUCAAUGAUAGAACAAAGAAUAAAAUUAGUAAUGAUUGCGACA